AUGCAGUUCAAUGUUCGGAACGUUUUCUGUGCUUGCCUGGCUCUGGGAUUGGCCAAUGCCUCGCCGUUGCAGAAGCGUAAUGGCACGUGCCAGAAGACCAAGGUUGCCAUUCUCGGUGCAGGCACAGCAGGGAUAACCGCUGCUCAAGCUCUCUCCAAUGCCUCUGUAACGGACUUCUUGAUCGUGGAAUACAACAGCGUUAUCGGAGGGAGAGUUGCCCAUACUGCCUUUGGCGCAAAGAAUCAAUCAUAUACCGUGGAACUGGGCGCCAAUUGGGUCCAAGGCACAUUCACGCCUGGAGGCCCAGUCAAUCCAAUAUGGAUAUUGGCCGAGCUUUCAAACUUGACGAACACCUAUUCCAACUACUCGUCGAUCGAGACCUUCAACCAGAAUGGUGCUGUGGAUUUCACAGAUCUGAUUGAUGAUUAUGAGGGGGAUCCAUAUUCGACGGUGGAGCAAGAUGCGGGAUACAUUCUGAGCGACAACCUACAAGAUCGGAGCUUUCGAUCUGGAUUAAGCCUUGCGGGCUGGAAACCGGGCAAUGACAUGGAAGCCCAAGCAGUCGAAUGGUGGGAGUUCGAUUGGGAGUAUGGGCAGAGUCCAGAAUUGAGCUCUCAAGAGUUUGCUAUUGUCAACUAUAACACGACGUUCUAUCAAUAUUCGGAUGCGAACAACUACGUCUUCGAUUCGCGUGGCUUCAAUGCCUUCAUACGAGGCGAAGCAUCGACAUUUUUGACUGCGAAUGACCCAAGACUAUUGCUCAACACGAUUGUCACGAACGUAUCCUACAGCGACAAGGGUGUGACGGUAUACAAUAAGGAUGGGAGUUGUGUCGAGGCUGACUAUGCGAUUUGCACAUUCUCUCUUGGCGUCCUGCAGAAUGAUGCUGUAACCUUUUCUCCGGCCUUUCCCUCUUGGAAACAAAUGGGUAUCGAGACCUUUUCAAUGGCUACCUAUACCAAGAUCUUCCUGCAAUUUCCUCCCGAUGAGGUGUUUUGGAACACAUCCUACCAAUUUUUUCUCUACGCCGACCCUAAUGAGCGUGGCUAUUACCCUGUUUGGCAAUCCCUAGAUAGCCCAGGCUUCCUUCCAGGCUCUGGUAUCAUUUUCGUGACCGUCGUGCAGGAUCAAAGCUAUGUGGUAGAGAAUCAGGAUGAUGCGACUACAAAGGCCCAAGUCCUGGAUGUGCUGCGGGACAUGUUCGGCGCUGAAAAUGUCCCUGAACCAAUAGCAUUCAUGUACCCACGUUGGAGCUUGGAGCCAUGGGCCUAUGGCAGCUACUCCAAUUGGCCUCCUGGAACGAGUCUGGAAAUGCACGAGAAUCUCAGAGCGAAUAUCGGCCGACUUUAUUUCGCUGGCGAAGCAACGAGUACGGAAUACUACGGCUUUCUGCAUGGGGCAUGGUUUGAGGGCCAGGCUGUAGGCACGGAAAUUGCUGAUUGCUUGAAGGGGAAUUGCACUGGUGAGGUGCAUUAUAACGUGCUACAUGGAACAACGCCACCUCGUGAGUACGAUAUCGAGAACGGAUGGGACGUCACAAGCUUCCAGACGAACGGCUUUUAG